AUGGUUCAUCAAGAAGAUAAGCUUCCCUGGGAAGCCUUUGCCUCAGUGUUCGAACUGAACCACAUGAAUGCUUGUCAACAUGGCGCCUACAACCUCCAUGUACUUGCUCAUCCAGACAGCAAAACAAAACUCGGCAAUUUCCUCGAUGCCUUCGUUCUGAGUAUCACCGAGGAUUCGGCUCGCCAAAGAAAACGGUAUCCUCAGAAAUAUUGUGUUCCCGAUGGGGAUGAAGUCACCAUAUCAGAUGAAGUGGCUGCGAAGAUCACACUAACAGUUCGCCGUUGGCAUCCUGAGAAGCAUUCGCCUGAUAAAGACGAGAGUUUUGAGACCUUUCAUCAACCUUGUAUAAGAGGAUUAUGCAUACACACCAAUGAAUCCGAUACCUGCGGGUGUGCGUUGCCAUUCAAAGAACGCAAGAUGGCAGCAUUUCAACGAGACAAGAUUGAAAACGACUGUUAUGAAUUUGAGAAAUACAACGAGGAAGCAUACUUCAAUCUUGAUGUCGUCAAGACUUUGAUACUCCACGGCGAAAUGGAUGCAGUACUUCGCUCUUGUGCAUAUGAAGGCUCUCGUCUCUCGGACUGGUGGCAGGAGACUGAAUGUGACUGUAUGCCACUAGUUCUUGGGUGGGAUAGAAUAUGCAAGUACUCCAUUAAGAUGUACAUUACACUCAACCUUGUAAAGUACUUCCGUGAGCCUUGGGACAAGGACGAUGUACCUGUCGACGACUACCGCAAUAUCAAGGCGUAUCAACUGGCGAUCCGAUCUUGUACAAAAACCGGAUCUCUUGGCGACGUUGCAAUGUACCCCCAUUGGGACUUCUUCGGUAUUGAGAAGGACCAGUUUAGGUGGUAUCCAAAACCUUGUGAUGUUCCGCGUUGGAAGCAUUUCAUGAGGUUGGAAAGGGACAGAUUUUGUUUUUGGUUCCAUGACGAUGAUAAAGCGGACGAUGGGGUUGGCCUCAGGGCUGAUGAUGAGUCUACUAAGCUCUCGGCUCAAGAACCCGCCGGUUAUUAUGCCUAUACGUUGACGUUCUACCCAUACGGCCUGAUAUCCUACGAAGAAUUCAUCAACUUUGAAACACCAGUCGGCCACCAAAUCAAUCCAUCAGAUGCCACACACGUCAGAUGGAUACUGUGCCAAAAAGGACUUCCAGUUGAGAUAUCAGAUUGUAUUCUGGAAUAUGCAGACUACACCCCGAGAGGAAGUCUACCGCUAUCUCGAUUAUUGCUGGCAACUCAUCGUGAGAUGCUACAUGCUGGGCAAUGA